CUUGGCCAUUACGUUAUGCUUACUCCACACACACUGGCAGCUGGAGAGAGGGAAGACGUAAUGGUUUGAUUCCCUGUGCACUUGCAAUGGUCGUCGUCCUGACAUUACUCGGCAGAUUCCUCGAACGGGAGGUGCAAUGAAGGCGGGGGCAUCGUCCAUGUGGGCGUCAUGCUGUGGGCUGCUGAACGAGGUGAUGGGUACGGGCACGGUGAGGGCGCAGCAGCCGGGGUUUGGAGCGGGGGCAGGGCCCUUCCGCUUUGCCCCCAGCGCUGGGUACUCCACCUACCCCCCCACCAGCUCAGGGAGCGCCGGGCAGCUGUGCAAGGCCUGUGGACUGGCCUUCUCCGUCUUCAGACGCAAGCACAUCUGCUGCGACUGUAAGAAGAGCUUCUGCGCCCUGUGCUCAGUGCUGCAGGAGAACUUGCGCUGCUGCACGACCUGCCACCUGCUGCGAGGCACGGCCUUCCAGCGGCCUCGGCUCAUGCAGCUCCGAGUGAAAGACCUGCGCCAGUACCUGCUGCUGCGCAACAUCCCCACCGACACGUGCAGGGAGAAGGAGGACCUGGUGGACCUGGUGCUCUGCCAUCAGGGGACGAGGGAGACCCCGACGGCGGUGGUGGAGGAGGACGAAGAGGAGGAGGAGGAGGAGGAGGAAGAGGAGGAGGAAGAAGAAGAAGACGCACAUGAGGAGGAGGAGGAGGAGGAAGAGGAGGAGGAAGGUGAAGGGGGAGAUGACACUGACAGUCUGCACUCGCUUCCCCACUCACGUGCCGCCUCGCCUCCUUCUGCCACGCGCUCCACCUCUGAACAGUCGGUCCUGUCCGCCUCUCAGGGAGACGUGCUCAGCCCAAGUGACAGCUCAGGGACCACCAGCCAGGAGCAUGAGGAUACUCCAACAGCGUCCCUCUUGAACCUGGAGCCCACUGAAAACAUCAUAGAGGUCAGUCCGGCGACUCAGAGGAGGAUCAGAGCCUCGCUGUCUGAUCUCGACAAUGAAGAGGCGAUAGAAAACCUCUCCGUCCGCCAGCUCAAAGAGAUCCUCGCCAGAAACUUUGUCAAUUACUCUGGCUGCUGCGAGAAGUGGGAGCUGCUGGAGCGAGUGCACCGGCUCUACAGAGAAAACGAGCAGAACAGGAAAUCCAUGGAAAACGUGAGCAUAACUGCAGUGGUUGCAUAUCCUCCACCUCUCUGCAACAGUGGAGUUGGAGAUGGUGUCAAAGCUCAGCUGGCGGCCGACGAAAACCUGUGUCGCAUCUGCAUGGAUGCCAUCAUUGACUGUGUGUUACUGGAAUGUGGCCACAUGGUGACCUGCACCAAAUGUGGCAAGAGGAUGAGCGAGUGCCCCAUCUGCAGGCAGUACGUAGUACGGGCCGUGCAUGUCUUCAAGUCUUAAAACUUUGUGUGUGCGUGUAAAGAGCGGCCCUCGGACGUGCGCGUGGCCCCAGCCCUGAAUUUAUCACUGAGGAUGAACUGCUGUGCAUGAUGUCUCACAGGGUCUAAUGCUGCAGCAGGCGUGAGCAACUUCCCGGUCUCUCGAACCAGACUGUUGCCUCCGGCCUACCACGGUUUGCCCCUUACUAACUCAUAUCCCACUUCUCCUGCCCUGGUGGACCGUCGUCAGCUGCACCAGGACACUCACUCUUUCUCUCUUUGGUCUGUUAGACACACAGCGGAAACCCCUGCCAUCACUUUCUCCUCUCCGUUCUGUUUAGGUUCUACUCACAGGAGAGAACAGGAGGGGUUGGGCGUGUGGAUACUUGAAGCUGGAUCGGCUUGUUGUUUGUGAAGAGAAAUGGCUGAAUGAAAAAAUAUAAGAUUCCAGGGUUAGAGUCGAUAUGGUUUACACAGUCAUGCCACAUGACGACGUGUUAUUUCCCUCAGUGUUCUUUAGGAUGUGCAAUAUCAGAUUUUAAAAAAAGUAAAACAACAGAUGUGUUUUCAGAAAGGCCGAAACACGCACCGAGUCAUCUCGUCUCGCACACAGGAGGAGUGUGUAGGGUGCCAAAAAUCAUGCCUUCAGUGGAUAUUUGGUUACAGCAUCUCAUUACCAGCAAGCUUGGUGUGACAGUUUACUCCCCCCCCCCCCUUCUCUUUCUGGAAUAAACUUAAGGAGAUAAAGUGUGGACAUCUAACCCAUUUAACACGUACUUACUGUGUGAAGGAUGUCAUUGUUCAUUUUCUCAUCCAAAACUUCUUAUGUUAGCUGCUUGGAUGCGCCACGUGCAGAUCCUGCUACGUCUAUGAUGUGAAAGUUUAUUCUGACACCAAAACACCUGAACUCAAGGCCCACUUAGAAGCAUUUUUCUGGAGCUUUUUAACCACAUUUCAGCCAGAUAGUUUACUUAUCUGUCAUGGAGCUGGUUCAGCGACAACAAUAAACCCUCCUACCUAAUGUUGUGCCACUAGACCUCUGAAGGUGUCCUGUCGUUUUAGACACCAAGACGUUAGCAGCUGAUCCAUUAAGUCUUGGAAGUUGAGAUGGAGCCUCCAUGGAUUUGGGGCAUUUGGAGGUCAAGUCAACACUUUGACCUCUUUGUAAAGUUCCUCAAACCAUCCAUUACAUUAGGGAGUUUUGGGGGUCUGCAGCAAUGUUUGGGUAGAUGGUUCGUGUCAAAGUAACGCCCCCAUAUGAAACCCAGGAACCAUGUUUUCCUAGCAUGACGUUGCCCAGAGCAUCACACUGCCGCUUCCCUCCGUACGUCUUGUGACUGUCUUUUCUUGACCAUGCACAUGAUGGAGCAGAAAACACGACUCAUUAGUCCAGGCCGCUUUUCUUCAGCCUGACGCAGCCCCAAACGUAGCAAGCUGCGAUGCCCUGUGUGUUCUGACAACCUCCUGUCUUAACGGUGUUGAGGUUUUCAGCAGUUUGUGCUGCAGUAGCUCCUCUUGUGGGUUUGAACCACACAGGCCAGCCUUCACUCUCCACUAGGGCUGUACGAUAUGCAAAAAAACCCUCGAGUCAUGAGCUUAGUGGGGAUAGUCAUUUUUGAAUUUCUUUUCUGCUGAAAACAAAAAAAAAUAUGUGAUUUAUGUUGCAGUUGUAGGCCAGUGCAUGUCUGUAGCACCACAAUCCUUGUAGAAUUUUACCUUCAUAAGACCUUACACUUGGCCAAAUUAAUAACAUUUCCAAUCACUGGUGAGCACUUCUCCAAACAGGUAACAGUGAGUCUUGAGCAUCCUACGUGACCUGUUGGUUUGGAGAUGGUUUGACCCAGUUGGCACUUGUUAAAGUCACUCAUAUCCUCAUUUAUUUCCAUUUUUCUGCUUUCAACACACCACCUUUAAGGACCAACUACUCACUUGCUCUCUUAUACAAGUUCAAUUAACGAGUAUGACUUCAUUCAUCAGUGGUUUUAAUGUUGUGGCUGAUGUGAACUGCCUGUCCUUCCACUGAGGAAGAAGAUAAGAAAGCUUCAGUAACAGCUACAAAGUGGACCUUGAGUUUGGAUAUUAUUUAUAUUUCAAAGACCCGACCCAUUCCUCUUUAAUUUUGAAUAACUUCCACCAAGCAAUACCAUUGGAUUUUUCAAGUCUACCAUGUGUUUGAUUGUGUUGUCCUUUAAUGUCAGAUCUUGGUAACAGGUGCUACUUCCUCUCUUUUUGAGUGUAACAUCUACGUCCUUUCCAUCACGUCGUCGAAAACGUCCUUCCAAAUAUCCAUCGCACAGCGACACGACAUGCAGAGGAAGCCGGAUUUACGUUAACCUGUUAUGCAAAUGACACACUUUCUUCUUGUCACGAGAUCCAGUGAACUCAGAUGUCAUUAAAAUAUCUGUGUGUACAGUAUGCCUGUGGUAUGUUUAAAAAAAAUAAUUGCUAUUGAAUCGCUGUUAGGUGAAUCACAUAGAUAGCUUCUAUUGUUGUUUACUGAUAAGUUAUUAAAUGUAUAUUUUUCCAUUUUACUUGGGAGACAUGAUUUAAAAAUUCUACUCAGUACGGAGGUUUAAGAAUAAAAAUAUACCGUUUUUUCAGAAUGUAUUUCUGCUGGUUUUGAGUUCCAUCAUGUCCCUCUCUCACCAUUAAAGUUGCGUCAGAGUCUUUGCUUUCUAGCA